AUGGGAGCUGAGGAGCCUGAAGAGAACGUCUCUCACAUGGAUGGUUCAUUGUAUAAGGCAGCAGUAGAAGGCAACAUUGAAGUAUUCAAUAAUAAGCAGGGGCUUCAACUUGAGUCGCUAAAGACCCCAAACCAUGACAACCUGCUCCAUGUUAACUUGGCAACCCACGAGAUUGCUGCCUGGCUUUUUAACAGAGUACACUCAAUAUUCAGAUCCUUCGUCGGACUAAAUGUAUUCUUCCUCGUAGAAUACGAAUCAUUUGAUCCGUCUUUGACAAAUUUCAUUACUAAGAUAAGAGGAGAAAAAAGACCAGAUUUUAUCGAACAAAUUCUCACAAAGUGUCCGUCACUGCUACUCCAAACGAAUGCUAAAGGUCAAACUCCUUUGCACGUUGCAGCAAGGAAUGGACAUUCUGCUAUUGUGAAACUUCUAAUCAGGUAUUGCGCAAGAGCUAGAGAUGGAGAUUUAGAGAACCUGGGAAUGGAUCAACUAAAUGCAGUGAGGGAGAUGCUAAGGAUUAGGGAUCAGGAAUCCAACAUGGCUUUACAUGAAGCAGCACGGUGUGGCAAUGUUGAAGUGGUGAAAGCAUUGUUGGAGUUUGAAGACCCCGAUUAUCCGUAUUCUGCCAACAAAAAACAGGAGACUCCGCUUUACAUAGCAGCUAGGAAGAGAGGAUCUGGGCUCUUGUUGACUCUACUAUUAGAUAAAUUCACGUCAACUGCUCAUGGCGGCCCCCACGGUAGAACAGCUUUGCAUGCAGCUGCUAUGGCUGGAGAUGCAGAGGCAAUAAGGGUAAUAUUAGAGAAGAAGGGGAAUUUGAAAAAGGAAAGAGAUGAAGAUGGACACACCCCUCUUCAUUAUGCUGCACACUUAGGUGGUAGAAUAUCAGUUGUGGAAGAACUGUUAAAAAGGGAUGUAUCAGCUGCCUAUAUAGGUGAUAAAAAGAGGGGGAUGACACCCCUUCUUAUGGCAGCCAGGCAAUGUUACCUUGCAACAGUUUCACAGAUCCUCUCUUUAUGUCCAGAUUGUUGUGAAAAAGUGGACAACAAAGGUUUGAAUUUACUUCAUUAUUUGGCUUUUAGAAGCACUUCCUCUGCAUUAAGGUUUUCUUUUUGCAAGAUUCGUGGUACUGAGAUUGUAUAUGGACCAUUAAAAAAUCUAAUGGAGUUGGGAGGUGCGUUUGGAAUGACACCUCAAGAAGUUUAUAAGGCACUUCGAUCCGAGAAACAUCAUGAGAAACAGAAACAAAUCAAAGAAUUGUUGGAAGAAAUUGAAAAUGAUCAAGUGGCAGAAGAACCAGUUCGUCCCAUUCGCUUGCCAACCAUCUCCAUAGAAAGCUUGGAGAAGACAAGAGAUGCUCAUUUAGUAGUGGCAGCACUUAUAGCCACCGUCGCAUUCGCGGCUGCAAUAACCGUUCCUGGUGGUUUGAAGAGCGAAAAAGGGCCAGAGCAAGGCACUCCUCUUUUGAUUGAUGAGGCAGCCUUUAAAGCAUUUGUUGUAGCAAAUACAAUGGCCUUUAUUUUCUCAGUUUCUGCCCUCACCACCCACUUUGGGGUUCUAGAUAUUAUAUUCUCAAGAUUGAAGUUUUGGAGUCAAACAAUUUUACAUCGAACUCAGGCUGUUUCCGGGCUCCUUGGCUAUGCAACGGUUGCGAUGGUGAUUGCUUUUAGCACAGGCAGUUAUGUGGUCUUAAAACCUUCCCAUGGGCUUGCCGUUGUUUCAUAUCUCAUCUGUCCUGCCUUUUUUCUAUGGAUGUGGAAAGUUUUGGUUGGUGGCUAA